ACCAGGGGCUGCCUAUAUCUCCCCCUCCCCAUCCCGGGCUCUGGGCUGGGCCUGUGGGGCAUGAUGAUGCCUGCCAGGGUGCUGGGGCUGCUCCUCUGCGUGCAGCUCUGCAUGGGCAGCGAGGUGCUGCGGCUGGUGGAUGGCGGUGGGCGCUGUGCCGGUCGGGUGGAGGUGAAGCACAAGGGAGAAUGGGGCUCCGUCUGCAGCUACGACAUCCAGUGGGAUGAGCGUGAGGCUGGCGUGGUGUGCCGGCAGCUGGGCUGUGGCACGGUGGCCCAUACAUCCCCAUACGCCCCAUUCGGGCAGGGCAAGGGACGCAUCUGGCUGCAUCCUACCUUCUGUGAUGGCACUGAGACCACCCUGCAGGACUGCUCCAACUUUGGCUGGGGCAAGCACUUCUGUGGUCACGAGUGGGACGUGGGAGUGAUCUGCACAGAGGCACUGGAGCUGCGGCUGGUGGACGGCAGGGGACCCUGCGAGGGGAGAGUGGAGGUGAAGCUGCGGGGACGCUGGGGCACGGUAUAUGACAAUGCCUGGAACAUGAAUGAUGCCGAGGUGGUGUGCCAGCAGCUGGGCUGUGGCUCAGCUGCUGACACCAAGUUUACCUGGAGAGUUUCACAAGUCAGCCAUCCCAUAAUGAUGUCCUUUGUCAACUGCAAUGGGAAUGAGAAGGCCAUCUGGGACUGCAGCAUUAAGGGUUGGGGUCCCUACAAUGUCCCUCGUGAUUUUAAAGCCUCUGUGGCCUGCCAAGGGUUCUCCCGGCUGGCCGGAGGGGACAGUGCCUGCUCGGGGCGGUUGGAGGUGAGGCAGGGCCGUGCCUGGGUCAGCGUCUGCCACGGCCACGUGGACCUCAUGGCCGCGCAGGUCGUCUGCAGGGAGCUGGGCUGCGGUACAGCACUGGCCCUACCCAGGGCUGGGCAUUUUGGAGCAGCAGCGGGGCCAUUCUGGGAUGGGGCCUUCGAGUGCAAUGGAACUGAGCUCCUGCUGUCUGCAUGCACACGGCAGUCUCCCCAAAUCAAGAACUGCAUCCAACCUGCUGCCAUCAUCUGCUCUCCCUACACUGGGAUCCAGCUGGCAGACGGAAGCUCAGACUGCACUGGGCGAGUGGAAGUGGAAGCACGAGGGGUGUGGAGCCCUCUGUGUGCCACUGCCUGGGACCUGCCCGAUGCCCACGUCCUCUGCCGCCACCUGGGCUGUGGCUCCGCUGUCUCCCUGCCCCCACCAGGCCAAUUUGGGACAGGGACAGGGACACUGCUCCACGAUGCCUUCAGCUGUAGUGGGAGCGAGCGGCACCCAGGCGAGUGCCCCAUGGAGGUGCUGGGGCAGCCCGCCUGCCCCCCCGGGCACACCGCUGCCAUCAACUGCUCAGGUGUCACUGAGCCCCUGCGACUCCAUGGUGGGGAGAGCUGGUGCGACGGACGGCUGGAGUUGGCCACGCACCCAGGUGUCUGGGCCCAUGUGUCUGUGGGGCUGUGGGACAAUGGCACUGCCACUGUGGCAUGCCGGCAGCUGGGCUGCGGUGUGCCUGAGAAAAUCUAUGCUGUGCCAGCCACCAUCUCGGGCCCCAUGGAGCUGCAGGAGCUGCGCUGUGUUGGCACCGAGGAGCUCCUGGCACACUGUAACACUUCCAGGAUGGCCACAGAGCCCAGCCGCAGCCCCGAGGAGUUGGCCAUUGCCUGCUCAGGUGAGUGCAUGGGAAGGGCGGUGGGCAUCACGCUACCAUCCCCAGAACCAGCCCAACCCUCCCAUGCAGGCAGCCGGAAGCUGAGGCUGGCAGGAGGCCCCGGGCGCUGCGCCGGCAGGGUGGAGGUGUACAGUGAGGGCACCUGGGGCACCAUCUGCCAGGACACAUGGACCCUACAGGAUGCCACCGUCGUCUGCCGCCAGCUGGGCUGCGGAUGGGCCCUGGAGGCACCCGGCUCUGAGCGCUUUGGGCCUGGCAGUGGGACACUGUGGCUGGGUGCCGGGGGCUGCUCCGGGAUGGAGGAUGCUCUCUGGCACUGCCUGGCCCCUCUGCAGCGUGGCUGCAAGCAUGGCGGCAGUGCAGGCGCCGUGUGCUCAGGGCUGCUGGACCUGCAGCUGACAGGGGGAAGCAGCAGAUGCAGAGGGUACCUGGAAGUGCUGCAUGAGGGGGCAUGGGGUCAUGUUUGCGCAAAUGGCACCAGCCUCGCCACGGCUGCUGCCGUCUGCCACCAGCUGGGAUGCGGCACAGGGGGGAGUCUGGAGGCUGUCCCUGCACAGGGCUCAGAUCCUGCCUGGCUGAGCUGGGUGAGUUGUGAGGAGGGGGCCCGCUCGCUCUGGCGCUGCCCCUCGGCGCCCUGGCAGCUGCAGGAAUGUGACCCCACCGGGAUCACCUACAUUGCAUGUGAAGAGGACACCAGGGACAGGAGUGAGGCCACCAGCCCAGCCCCAGCUCUCACCCACAGCGCUGUCCUGUUGGCAGAGGCACCAAGGAGCAUGUCAGCACUCAUGGUGCUCUGCGUGAUCCUGGGGACACUGCUGUCCCUGGCCCUGGCUGCCCUGGCUGUGCAGGCACACCGUGCACGAGCCCAGUGCCAAGGCCCCAGCAAGGAUGCUGCCUCCGAGGUUGUGUAUGAGGAGCUUGACUACAGCCUGAUGCCCGAGUACCAGGAGGUGCCCAGCAGUACAGGCUCCCUGUCCAAAGGCUCAGGAACAAAGCUGUCAGAUCACCCCAGUGAUGGCGCAGAGGAGAGUGACGUCCAGGUGUCCCCAGACCCCCCUGCCCAGCCCCAGCACAGCCCCUCGCAUGGCUACGAUGAUGCUAUGGCCGUGCCAGAGGUGUUCCCCUCUAGCCACACUGGGGAUGCCGUGGCACAGCCCCCUGAUGACAUGGGCUAUGACGACGUUGGUGUCAGCGCGAUGGGAACAUCGCUGUGAGCAGGCCCUGGGGACAUG